UGAAGGCUGGUCAUGACAAGCGCAGAUCUGCUGUUUAACUCCUGGUAACAAGGAUCUGGAGGAAGAAGAAGACCAGCAGGAGAAUAGUUAGUGGGCUGCUGUGUCCUAAGCAGAAGAUGCUUAGUAAAGAAGGUGACUAGUGCAGACUUGAAGGACUCUAGGAUUUAGGACGCGGCUCAUGCUGAGUGACCAGAAAACAUCUACUUUUAAGUACAAUUUCUGAUUGAUUUUUUUUGCCCUCUCAGUGGCCAUGAAUGGACUAAACUUACUCGGGUCGUGGGUUUUGUGCGCUUUGUUUUUGCCGCUCUCUGAGCCCAGCGCUCAGCUCCUGAAGUGCCAUGAAGUGCGCUCCUCAUUCCAGUCCCUGUACCCUGGCACCAAGUGGGCUCCGGAAACACCGGUCUCAGGCUCAGACCUGCAAGUGUGUCAGUCGAAAGGCCUCACUUGCUGCUCUCGCAAAAUGGAAGAACGUUACCUCCUCAAUGCCAAACAGAACUUGGAGUUGAAUCUGCAGGCCAGCAGCGCACAGCUCAAACUCCUCAUCAUCCAGAACGCUGCCCUCUUUCAAGAGGCCUUUGACAUGGUGCUGCGCUUGGGCCGUAACUCAACUCUAACCCUGCUAAGGGAGGAGUUCCCAGGCCUGGGUAGUGGAGCCAAUGGUGCUGCCACUCAGCUCUUCCUCGAUAUGUCUCUCUACAUCCUUGGUUCUGAUGCCAAUGUGGACGACAUGGUGACCACUUUCUUUUCACGCCUCUUCCCUCUUGCCUUUCGGCGCCUCUUGGGCAAUGGGGCAGCGGCAGGAAUCUCAGAUGAGUGCAUGCACAGGACGUGGCGUGAGGCGUUAGUAUUUGGCUCUUACCCUAAGCUAAUGAUGACGCGCCUCUCACGUUCACUGCUGGCCACACGUCUCUUCCUUCAGGCGCUGAACCUUGGCAUCGAGGUGGUGAACACCACACAGCACCUGAAGGCAGGACGGGAAUGUGGCCGGGCACUGCUCCGCCUGCGGUACUGUCCACUAUGCCAAGGGUUGAUGGAGGCACGCCCAUGCAAGCUAAUGUGCUUGGUAACAAUGGGCACCUGUCUUGGGGGGGCUGCUGAGGUGCAGCCACACUGGAGGGCUUACAUGGAGGGUCUGGGCACUUUGGCAGCUGCCAUGAGAGGAGGGCAGGACAUUGAGGCGGUGGUGCUCAGGUUGCAUGUCAUCAUCCGGAUGGCUCUCAGACACAUUGUGGGGGCCAAGAGCAAAGUGAACGCACAGGUGAGCAGCAUGUGUUCACACACACCCCAGCGCAAGGCUCGUGCAGUGACCCCACCGGUGGAGCGGGCACUAAUCAUUCAGCCUGUCAACUUUGAUCCAGAUGAGACUCUUUCUGGACAACGCAGAGAGUUUAUGCAGAGUCUGAAGGGCUUCUAUGCUAAUCUUGGGGAGGCUCUGUGUAGCCGUGAACCAGUGGCCCUCAACGGCUCCCUCUGCUGGAAUGGGCAGGAGAUGACCGACAAGUUUUCAGUCCCAGGGCCGAGGAGGAACCACCCUCAUGGAUCAGAUACCAAACACAAGCACCCCGAGCCUGUCAUCAGCCAGAUCAUUGACAAACUCAAACACAUCAACCAGCUGUUAAGGAUGGUGAUGACACCAGAGAAGAGAUGGAGGGCUCGCUCAGGAGGGGGCGCUGCACGAAGAGAUCCAGCCCGAUUGAACCAAGGGGUGGAGGAUGAGGAAGGUCUAGAAAGUGGCGACUGUGAUGAUGAAGAUGAAUGCACUGGAGUUUCAGGACUUGGUCCACCCAUACGACGCAAGCGUUUACGUAUUUUUGCCGAUCUGGCAGAUAAUUUGGCGAUGGAUGACUUGACCUUUCACGAGUUGCUCCUGACCCCGAGACUUGCCACAGACACACACGGCGGAGCGUCUGUCUCCGGAGCAGCAGACGGCCUGUAUGUCCCUGCUCGUGUCUUCUUUCUGUUCGUCAUCCUCCUUCUUCUCUUUGGAUUUCAGUGAACCCUCCAAUCUGUUUUCCACUCCAGAAUCCCUCUUCAUUAACUCCUGGCUGUCCUUUAAACUGGCCAGUGAAUUUUAAAGGACUACGCAUCUGACCCUUUUGUACAUAUGGUGAAAGAUAAUCUAGACUGAGGACAGAAGACUCUUUCUCCCUUUGUGUGCUAUCUCUGCUUUUACUUAAUGAACGUCUGUUGGUUUUUUUGUUGUUUUUUUUAACUUGUACAAGGACCUGUUCAUUUGCCAAACUAUUAAAGACGUACUUUUCCAGAGCAUGAUAAAUACAACAUCUAUCCUAACUGUGUAUCCCUUUGUGUUUGUUUUUAUCCAACAGUAGUCAUCUGUUUUACAUGGGACAUUCUCUGCUCUCUGGUGUUUUACACAAAGCUUUACAGUAAGAACAGAGCUUGCUGAAGAAGGUACUUGGAA